AUGAUUGACUACUAUCAGAAAGGAAAAUGGGAUCUCAUGAUUGACUACUAUCAGAAAGGAAAAUGGGAUCUCAUGAUUGACUACUAUCAGAAACAUUCCGAAUAUUUGCACUCUCCACUUACGGCCUCUAAGGAGACUGCACUUCAUAUGGCUGUGUGCAGCAAACAAGAGCAACCACCUAAAGAUUUACUGGAAAUCAUGACGACAAGCGAAUUACCUUUAACUGAGACAGAAUUUCUCAAGAAAACAAACAAAUUUGGAAAUACGGUUCUUCACGAAGCAACCAUCUAUGGCAAUAAUAAGGCUGUAAAACUCUUGGUAGAACGUUGUCCCGAGCUGCUUUCGGUUCCAAAUGAGUUCGGUGAAACCCCAUUGUUUACAGCUGCCAGAUUUGCUGAGACAGAAAUAGUGGAGUUUUUAAUCAGAUCCAAACCAGGACAACGCGUGGAUGAUGAUGGCCUCCUAUUACCAAUUCACCGCCAGAGAACGGUAGAUAGCAUGUCCAUCCUUAGCGCUGCUAUCAUAGGGCAAAACUUUGAAGCAGCUUUACUGUUGCUAGAACUGGAUAGAUCGCUCGCCAGCUUGAAGGACAAAAAUCAAACAUCUACUCUUCAACUUCUAGCCGAAAUGCCAGCUGCUCUUGAGAGUGAAUUUCCCAUGGGCGUAUUUGAAAGACUCAUCUACUAUUGUAUGACUUUUUUCUGUGUCAUCAUUAACAUUUCUUUCCAUUUCAUGAAAAUGGCUAGCUCUCAUCCAUGUUUAAUUUCAUUCCCUUUCGCAUGA